UCUGUUAUUUGUAUGUAUAAUUAUAUUUUAGUAUGUAAAUGAGGAGAAUGAAGAAGGAAGUCGUUAAACCAUGCCUUUCAAUUACCCAAUCACCUACGAUUUUUAUUUUUAUAUCUCUUUCUUUGACAUGUUAAUCCAUUUCCAAAUAUACUAUAAAGUUGGACAUUGACAAGAGGUUUUAGCACAAGCUUGAAGAAUAACGUAGAAGAAGAAACAAUAGAGAAGAUGAAGAAUGUUAUGGUGAUUAUUGACGAGAGUAAUUCAAGUUAUGAUUUACUCAUUUGGGCCCUUGAAAACCAGAAAGAUACCAUUGAGAGCUCCAAAGUUUUUCUCUUUGCAACACAGCCACAAAAUUCCUUCACUCCUCCUACCGUACUUUCUUCAUCAGUCGGUUUUGCUCAAAUUUUCUAUCCAUUUUCACCUAAUUCAGAACUCAUAAGAUUGGCUCAAGAAAAGAAUAUGAAAAUUGCUUUGGGUAUAUUAGAGAAAGCCAAGGAGAUAUGUUUAAAUCAUGGGAUUAAAGCAGAGACGUUUACAGAUGUUGGAGAUCCUAAAGAUCUAAUCCGCAAGAUAAUUCAAGAUCAAAAUAUCCAUUUAAUAGUUACGAACGAUCAACAAACUCAAAAUCUCAAAAAGUGUACACGUAAUACAGAUUGUUCUCUUCUUGUCGUGACGAAAACACUAAGCAAAGAUUAAAGAGGAAGUAACAAAAUGCUAAUAUAUAAGAUUAAAGAGGAAGUAACAAAAUGCUAAUAUAUAUAUAUAUAGUUUUCUCUGUGGUUGAGAUUGUGUAAUGAUUAUUAUGAUUUGGGGUUGUAGUUGAACUUAUAAUUAUGUGUUAUGUGUAAAUAAAACUUUCAUGUUUAUGUAUAUAUAAAGUUAGUGUAAGUAAUAAUUUCUUAUCUUUUCUUUUAUUGGCAUCGGUGUCCGGAUCACCCCGACUAAUUUAUGUAGGACCGCGAAAUCCCGAUUUGAAAACAGAGAGAACUUUAUAAAA